AUGACCGCCCCAUUGAAGCCAAAGCAAGCGCUCGAUUUCGAAGGUGCCCUGCUCCAAGAACUCCAAGGCGAAAUCAGCAAUUCCAUUGCUCAACAGCUCCUGGAGGGACUCCCACCACUCACUGCAACGUCAGUCGUCCACGACAACGGCUGCGGUCCCGGCGCAGUAACCAUGGCGAUAAUUGGAAGUAACCGCCCAACAGGUCUCAAGAUUCACGCCACGGACGUAAAUCCCAUGUUCCUCGCUGAGCUGCAAGCCAAUCUCACCGAUAAUCCCUCGUGGCCAUUCAAAGUCGAGACAAUGGACGCCUGCAACCUCACCUUCCCAGACAACACCUUCGAUUACUCCUUCACCAACUUCGUCUUCGCAGGCCUUUCUGACGACGGCGGCGCCGCCUCGCAUAUCCUACGUACUUUGAAGCCAGGUGACACAGGCGUUAUUACUGGUUGGGCAGAAAUGCCAUGGCAAAUUGCGCUUAAGAACGCGCACUACAAGACAUGUGGUACGGAGGAGCCAAUGGCGCCUUUUCUGAGCAAGAGUUGCUACCAGAAGGAAGAGAUUGAGCAGGCCACCAGGGAGGCUGGAUGGAGGGAUGUCAAGUUUGUGCGGAAGGAGGCGUAUUUGAAUCUUGGUACUGAUCUUAGGCGAUGGGCGUCUAUUGCAUGGACCUUUUUGGGGGCGCCUGUUGGUGGAUGUCAGCAGCGCGAUGAGAGGAUGUGGGAAAAGGCGCUCGACUCUAUCGUGGAAGAAUUGCCUCGUAAUGAGUGGUCCAAGGUUGAGGGUGGGGUGAAUAAGAUAAGGAUGGUUGCUGAUGUUGCGAUUGCGAGGAAGUAG